GGCGCUUCGAAAGCUCGUCACGUCAGUAGUUCGCUCUUAUGAUACCCUCGCGACCAUAAGAUCAAGCAAAGGUGCGGAAGGGCUUUCUCAUUUCACAUGACCAUACACUGAGGUGUCUAAUGACCUCCAGCUCAGGGCUGUCCAUGUGAGAAGUGAAUCAGAGAAGAGUUUCCCACAGAGCAUGGCUUCUGCCAAAGAAGAUGGCGUGGAUGAAAGAACAGUGUUCAUUAAAGAAGAGGACUAUGAGCGGCUCACACCAGAGGAUGUGUGUGUGAAGCUGGAGGAUCAUGAAGAAAGAAUUUCAGUUUUUAAAGUGGAGGAGGAGUGCAAGGGGGUGACUGCUGGCAUUAAAGCUGAGGAUUUGAAUGAUUUCUCCAUUGGUCUUGAACUUCAAAAGCAUGAAACUGAGGAUAUUUUCAAGCAAGAUGCCUGUGAAGAAUCUCCUUCCAGUUUACAGCCCUGGUCCACUAAUACGGGACGACUGGCUACACAGGAGAAUUCUGCAGACCUGAAAUCAGAGUUAUCAGAGUCUGAAGAGAAAAUCACUGAGGGAAAUGAGAGAGAAGGUGAAGAGUCACCUGGGAGUGUUGGAAUAAAUUUACAGAAGAAUGGCAGCUUCUCUCCACCUUCAUUUGGUCAGUCCUCUCUUCAAUACAAUGAGAAUGGUAUAAUGAAAUCAGCAAUGGGAUCAGAGAUCCUGACAGCAGCCUUUUUGCAGUGCAGUUCUCUCCCUUCUGCUGGAGCAACACAGACAGAAGCCAUCAAAACUGAUCAACAGCAAGUGGAGGAAGAAAUCCAAAUUCACACUGGAAAAAAAUGUUGUUUGGAAUGUGGCAAACAAUUCACACGCAAAGGUGAUCUUAAUAAGCAUAUGAAGGUUCACACAGGAGAAAAACCAUAUUUUUGUCAUGAAUGUGGAAAGUCGUUCUCAACGAGAAGCAGUCUUCAGAACCACAGAAGAAUCCACACAGGAGAAAAACCUCAUGUUUGUCCAGAAUGUGGUAAGUUGUUCUCAUGGAGAAGCUGUCUUCAAAGACACAGAAUAAUACACACUGGAGAAAAACCUCAUUGCUGUCCAGAAUGUGGUACGUUGUUCUCAAGCAGAAGCAAUCUUCAGAACCAUAGAAGAAUCCACACAGGAGAAAAACCUCAUUGUUGUCCAGAAUGUGGUAAGUCGUUCUCAAGGAGAAGCUGUCUUCAGAGACACAGAAGAAUACACACUGGAGAAAAACCUCAUUGCUGCCCAGAAUGUGGUAAAUCGUUUUCAUGGAGAAGUGAACUUCAGCGGCACAAAAAAAUUCACACAGGAGACAAACCUCAUUGCUGUUCAGAAUGUGGUAAGUCCUUCAUAAUGAGAAGCCACCUUGAGAAGCACAGAAGAAUCCACACAGGAGAAAAACCUCAUUGUUGUGCAGUAUGUGGUAUGUUGUUCUCAAGCAGAAGCAAUCUUCAGAGCCACAGAAGAAUCCACACAGGAGAAAAACCUCAUUUUUGUCCAGAAUGUGGUAAGUUGUUCUCAUGGAGAAGCUGUCUUCAGAGACACAGAAUAAUACAUACUGGAGAAAAACCUCAUUGCUGUACAGAAUGUGGUAAAUCUUUCUCAUGGAGAAAUGAUCUUCAGCAGCACAAAAAAAUUCACACAGGAGACAAAUCUCAUUGUUGUCCAGAAUGUGGUAAGUCGUUCUCAAGCAGAAGCGAACUUCAGAAACACAGAAGAAUCCACACAGGAGAAAAACCUCAUUGCUGUUCAGAAUGUGGUAAACGAUUCUUACGUUCAACCGCACUUAGGUGCCACAGAUGGAUCCACACUGGAGAGAAGCAGUACACCUGUUCUGAAUGUGGUAAAGAGUACUCUUGCAGAAAAAGUUUUCUGAGACACACGCAAAGUCAUAUUGGAGUAAAGCCUGUCCCAGAAAUGACAAAUGAUCUUGGCAGAGGCUCCUCAAGCAAAAAAAAAAUGAAGGAAUAUCUUGUGAAUGAGGUAAAGGACUCUAGUUGAAAGUAGUUAAUAAAUACAUAAGAAUAGUGGAGAAAACAUGGAAAGUGGCAAACAGAUCCUAGAUAUAAGGUAACCUCAGAGCCACAUAUGAACUCACACUGGAAUACAACACACAUUUCACAAACAGCAAGAAUCUUCUUCAACAACUUAUAGGUACAAGAAAAAAAACCUCAUUGUUGUCCUAAAUGUGGUUAACACUUUUCAGACAGCAGUGGCCUUCAUAGUCAUAAAUGACGGGCUUACUUGUGGUAAGCCUCUUAGCUGUUCUGAAUGUUGAAAGAUUUCAUGAAAGACUCAAACUGUACUGCCAGGACAUCAGCCAUACAGGGACUGAUCAUCUCUGCACGAGUGCUGUGACAUAAGAUGGUGAACAAUACAAACACCAGACAACAGAAUGAGGUAGCAACAGUACUAUGCGGUGAUAACUUCAACCACAGAACACAACUGAAAAAGUUCAAUGUAAUAAUAAAAAAUGGAGAAGUCAAAUGAAAUCCACAGUGCAGUGCCAACU